UAUAGGUACUGUUCAAUCUCCCCCAGUUUUAUAGUCAUUUCUUUAAAGACAUUUAAUAGGACUCCUGUCCCGAGUUUAUGGGCUUGAUCAUCAGCAGCUGCUGUUUCUUCAGUUUCUUUUUGUCACUAUGAGACCAGUCAGCAGUUAAUUCCAGCAAGAGAUCACAGGAAACCACAGCCUGCUGGAGUCCCAGUGCUGGAUGUACCUUCUCUGUGUGUGAUCAAGAACCAAGAAUCCAAGUAAAUGAGCAAAAACUAAGAGACACAAUGGAUCUGUGGUUGCUUUCUGUUGAACUGUUUCUAUUUUAUUUACUGAACCACGUGCUGGGAAGGCAAGAACCAAACAAAUGUCACCUGCCCGGGGUCCAAUCAUGCCAGGAAUGCAUACAGGCCGGUCCAGACUGUGGAUGGUGCAAAAAAGAGGACUUUCUACAAGAAGGACAGGUGGUGUCUGACCGCUGUGGUGAAAUAGUCACUCUGAUUGAUAAAGGCUGCCCUGUACACCUGAUUGAGAACCCAAGGGGCAGUAAGGUUCUGAUUCUCAAUAAUAAGACCACAAGCCGUCGUAAGGGACAGAGGGAGAAGCUGGAUGAAAUAACACAGCUGCAGCCACAGAAGCUCGUCCUCAACCUGCGGAUAGGUGAACCCCAGACCUUUGAACUGAAGUUCAAAAGAGCGGAGGACUACCCCAUUGAUCUCUACUAUCUCAUGGACCUGUCCUUCUCCAUGGAAGAUGACUUGGUGAAUAUAAAAAGGCUAGGAACUGAUCUAAUGAGAGAAAUGAAGAACAUCACUGAUGAUUUUAGAAUAGGCUUUGGUUCUUUUGUGGAUAAAACCGUGAUGCCUUAUAUAAAUACUGUACCAGAAAAGCUAAAGAACCCCUGCACCAGAGACCACCCUUGCACAACCCCCUUCAGCUAUAAAAAUGUGCUUAGCCUUACCAAGAAUGGGAGUUUGUUUAAUGAACUCGUAGGAAAUCAGCAGAUUUCAUCCAACCUGGAUCCUCCCGAGGGGGGUCUUGAUGCCCUCAUGCAGUCUGCAGUCUGCACAGAGCAUAUUGGCUGGCGAAAUGUCACCCGAUUGUUGGUGUUCUCCACUGAUGCAGGAUUCCACUUUGCUGGAGAUGGGAAACUGGGUGGAAUAGUUCUGCCAAAUGAUGGAAAGUGCCAUCUGGAAAACGGCAUGUACACCAUGAGUCAUUACUACGAUUAUCCUUCCAUUGCUCAUAUCGCAGAAACGCUAAGUGAGAACAACAUUCAGACCAUAUUUGCUGUCACCGCAGAUGUUCUGCAUUUAUAUGAGGGUUUAAAGCAUCUUAUUCCGCAGUCUGCUGUUGGAACUCUCUCACACAAUUCCAGUAAUGUGCUUCAGUUAAUCAUCGACGCCUACUAUGCACUAUCAUCAGAAAUCAUUAUGGAAAACAGCAAACUACCAGAGGGAUUCAAGAUCAAUUACACCACGUUCUGCAAGGACAACAUCCUCCGUUCUAGAGAGGGGGGGCAGAGGUGCUCUAACAUCUCCAUCGGCGAUGAGGUAAGAUUCAACAUAAGUGUUACUGCACAAAAGUGUCUGAAAGAUGCUGAUGAAUUCCGGAUCACAGUCAAACCUCAAGGUUUCAAAGAGGAGGUGGAGGUUCUCCUGAGAUUAAUCUGUCAGUGUGAAUGUGAAAAGGACAGAAUCCCUGACAGCCCACACUGUACCAAUGGCAGCGGAGCACUGGAAUGUGGAGCAUGCAGGUGUAAUAAAGGUCAUAUCGGUAGACUGUGUGAAUGUGACAUUAAUGAAGGAGACCCAGUAGACAUGGUAGAUUUAUGCAGGGAAGGGAACAGCUCUGAAAUCUGCAGUAACAAUGGGGAGUGUGUCUGUGGGGAAUGCAUUUGCCACAAGAACAAGAACCCAGCCCAUUUCUAUUCAGGAAAAUACUGUGAAUGCAACAACUUCAGAUGUGACCAGUACAAAGGAUUGCGGUGUGCAGGAAAUGGAAACUGUGAGUGUGGUGUGUGUAAAUGCUUCCCAGGAUUCACUGGCAGUGCCUGUGACUGCCCUUUAGAUACUGUGGCAUGCAUGGCAACAAACGGACAAAUCUGUAAUGGAAAAGGAAGCUGUGAAUGUGGCCGUUGUACCUGCACAAACAGCAGCUUCCAAGGAGCAACCUGCGAGAUAUGCCCAACCUGCCCAGAUGUGUGCACCGUGCACAAGGCAUGUGUCCUCUGCAGGGUCUUCAAUAAGGGUAAAACCAAUGAAGAGUGUGACAGCGACUGUAUUUAUUUCAACCUGACGCUGGUGGAGGACCGAAGGGAGCUGCCACAGGCAGGCCAGAGCGACAGCGCUCACACGUGCAAAGAGAAAGACCAAGAUGAGUGUUGGGUCCAUUUUGUUUUUGAUGGUCCCUACAGAGGUGAUCAAGUCCAUGUUCAUGCUGUGAGAAAAGCAGAAUGUCCUUUAGGACCGGAUGCUGUUCUAAUUAUUACAGCGACGGCUGGUUCUAUUGUUGCCGUAGGGACUGCUGUAAUAAUCAUAUGGAAACUUGUCACAAUCAUCCAUGAUAAAAUAGAAUUUGCCAAAUUCCAGAAAGAGCAGAUGAAAGCCAAGUGGGAUAUGGAUGAUAAUCCGAUCUACAAAAGUGCUGUCACAACUGUGAUCAAUCCCAAAUUCAAGGACAGCUGAUGGGAUUAUGUUAAACAUUUCUUGUAAAACCACAAAAUGUUACAGCCAUAUUUUACAUUUUCUAAGCACCUUAAAAAAAUGAUGCAGAUAAGAUUCAUUUUGGCUGCUAGUAUUGAGCUUGUAUUGCAAACUAAGAUAUAAAUAGGGUGGACAAAAUGAAAUCAUCCUCUCAGCAAGGCAUCAGUCAUCCUAAAUUAUCAUAACAAUAUAGCUAAACAGAAAAUUAAAAUACCAGGUAGAGGCUGCCAGUUAAAAAUGCUCCAAAACAUUACAAAUGAGGACAAUGGCACUUAAUGGGUUAAAACGUAUUUCUCAUUAAUUUCCAAUGGAGGCUUUUUGCAACGAUCAAUGUCAGACUAAAGGUAAGAGAGUGAGACUUCUGAUUAUUAGUCUCACCCUCAAUGCUUGUGCAAGCUUCCCUGUAAUGAAACCCCUCAACAGUUCAGAGACGAAUGUCUUGCCAUCCACCUAAACUACACUCUGUAGCAGUCGACAGGCAAGUACGUUGUAUGCUGAUGUCAGUAUUACUAAUUCCCCUUAAUCAAAUGGUAGUGAUCUCUCAUGUAUAAAGACCUCUUUAAACAAUCCAGUCUAUCUGUUUGAUCAUGUAUUACCCUUCCUGGCUACCAUGGGGUUAAUUGAAAACUUCACUGAACGCUCAAGGAGAUGCUCACAAGAUGCUGCUGUUGUUAGAAUCAUUUCCUCUUCUGCUAUUUCCCUUGAGCGGGGACUUCCAGAAUCCUCUUCUCGUGGUCCACUGCUGUUCCUCAUUUAAUACAACCCUCCCCCCCCCCUCCCCUCCUCCAUUGAGAAUAAACAGCUUCAUUGAAAGAUGUCCUGCUCACCUCUCAUGAUCAUUCAAUUGAUUCAACAAGAUUAUACAACAGUGACAAAGGCACAUCGAAGCAAUAGAAUGCGUUUGGUAGUUCAGACAAUGGAGCUUAGCAUACAGACAAGGUCAUUCAUGGUUUUAUUGCAAUUAGAAACUACUGAACAGUGUCCAUUAUUUCUAACUAUUUGAACAUUUAAAUUACAGAUUUAUUAACUUUUCUAUAUAUUUUGCUAUCAGUUUUAUAUGUUUAACAUGUGGACAUACCACCUUAUUGAAAAUAUGUUUAUACUAUAUGGUACCAGGCUGGGAAUUUCACCCAAAGACAUUUUUCAAUUGAGAUACAAUGGGAUUGCCAUGUCUUUCUCUUCUCUGGAGAUGUACCGUGUGUAAUGUGUUGCUGCCUGUAAAUGUGUGAUUUGUAAAUGGUUAUAAACCCUACAUCUUGUGUUCACUUAUCCAUCAAGCAACCAAAAAGCCAUUAUCAAAUCAAAUGUGGGCCCAGUCACCUCUCAAGCAGCAAUGUUUUGCCCAUAGACAUAUUUCAACAACUAAACAUGCAUUCCUUCCCAGUUGAAAACUUGCACAAGCUGUGCACUUGUAUUUUUUAUGUCAUUUAUUUUUGUGUCCAAAAUGUGAUUAAAAAAUAAAGAGCACUGUAAAUGUUUUACAUA